CUCCCCCCUCCUCCUCCCUCCUCUAUCUCCCCUGACGACUUUGCCUCCUUCUUCUCUUCUAAAAUCUCAGAUAUCCGCAAACUCUUUAACACCUCUCCCUCCCCCGCACCCCCUCCUGCUCCAACCCCUACACCCACUACAUCCCCUACUAACUCGCCCUCCCUCUCCACCUUCUUGCCCCUCUCAGACUCUGACCUCUCCUCCCUGCUCCAGGGUCACAAACCCACCACGUGUGCCUUGGACCCCCUCCCCACUCACCUCUUUCAAGCUGCUGCUCCUGCUCUACUCCCCUUCAUCUCCUCCCUCCUCAACACCUCUCUACUUUCUGGCAUCUUCCCCUCUGCCUUCAAAAAAGCCUCGAUCACUCCCCUCCUCAAAAAACCUACCCUCGACCCCACCUCCCUCCAGAGCUACCGUCCUGUCUCCCUCCUACCCUUCCUCUCCAAAACCCUUGAGCGGACUGUACACCGCCAGCUCUCUGCUUUCCUGUCCAACCACUCUCUGCUUGACCCUCUCCAAUCUGGCUUCCGCUCUGCUCACUCCACUGAAACCGCCCUUCUGUCUGUCACCAACUCACUUAAGUGUGCCCGAGCUGCCUCUCUCUCCUCUGUCCUAAUUCUCCUCGACCUCUCUGCUGCCUUUGACACUGUUGAUCACUCUAUUCUACUAUCAUCUCUUGCUGACCUGGGGAUCUCUGGCACUGCUCUGGCCUGGUUCUCCUCCUACCUCUCCAACCGCACUUACCAGGUCUCCUCCCGUAUCUCUACCUGUCUGUCUGCUAUUUCCUCCUGGAUGCACUCGCAUCACCUCAAACUCAACCUCUCUAAAUCUGACCUCCUUUUCUUUCCCUCCUCCUCCCCCUCCUCUGAUCUCUCUAUCUCUGUUCCUCUGGAAUCUACCACACUCUCUCCCUCUUCCUCAGCUAAGAACCUUGGAGUCACCCUGGACCCCUGCCUCUCUUAUUCCCAGCACAUCUCCACUCUGGCACGCACUUGCAGAUUCUUCCUGAGCAACAUCCGAAGAAUCCGACCCUUCCUCACCAACUAUGCUACCCAGCUCCUGGUCCAGGCCCUGGUACUCUCCCGCCUAGACUACUGCAACUCCCUCCUGGCUGGCCUCCCUGCGUCCGCCACCCGUCCGCUCCAGCUCAUCCAGAACUCUGCUGCUCGCCUGGUGUUCUCUCUACCUCGCUUCGCCCACGCUACUCCACUACUCCGCUCGCUCCACUGGCUCCCGAUCACCGCUCGCAUCCAGUUCAAGACUCUUGUACUAGCCUAUAGAUGCCUUGAUCAGACUGCACCCAGCUACCUCCAGACCCUCAUCUCGCCCUACACCCCCACUCGACCUCUCCGCUCCGCCUGCACUAGAAGACUGGCUCUACCUCCGCUACGCUCCCCUGCCUCCCGAGCCCGCUCCUUCUCCACCCUUGCUCCGCAGUGGUGGAACGACCUUCCUACAGAUGUCAGGACUGCCCAGUCCCUGACCACAUUCCGGCGCCUCCUUAAGACUCACCUCUUCAAACAGCACCUGUAGAACUCCUCUGUUGUAUCCUGGGACACUAUCACCCUUCAUUUAAAUAUGCUUUAUUUUGCUCUUAUCUGCCCCCUAUUUUACUGCAUUUAAUCCUGUACCUCAGAAUAUUGUAAUCUGCCAAGUGUUUAAUCUGUAGUAUUUUGUACUUAAUCAUAUCCUGAUGUAACUAUCACUAUUUAAUCAUAUCCUGAUGUAACUUUCACUAUUAUCUGCUGUAUUAUUGAAUUGUGAUUUGUCACACUUGAGAAUUAUUGUAUUUCUUGUUCUUAUUGUAUGACUUAUAUUGUAACACUUGAAUGUAUUUGUAUUUGCUUGCGAUUGUAAGUCGCCCUGGAUAAG